ACCUGGAGGAUGAUAUCGUGCCCAAAUAUCCGGAAGGUAAAUAAAAAACGAGGACGAACAAGAUGGUCAGCAAUCGUCAAAAGGUUUGAAUGAAACGGAGGAGGAAAUGCCUCAAGAAACAGUUGAAGAAACCAAAGAACAAGACAGCAUUAGUUUACAUAGUACGCCUAGUUUACGAUUUGAACCUGUCGAAGAACACGAUCCAGUUGUGCAGACGGAGAGGAUGCUGUUCAAUUCAUUGAUCAUUAAGUGUGUCGUUCAAUUGGAACUUAUCCAAAUGAUCGACAAUGUCGUCUUUUCCCAAGCACCAGCAAGCGAGAAGAUGAAGAUACUAUGGCUGAAUUACAGAAACUCAUUGCUUAUGGUCAUAUUGUUGGCGAUACACCAGACUCCAUUGAACCAGAGAGGCGUUUAAUUGACAGAAUUAUCGAGACUAUUUGUAGUUGCUUUACUGGUAUAAUUACUGAUGUAAACGUUCAAAUACAAAUUAUAAAGAUAUUUAUAAAGAGUAAUCUCCAACUGUUAAAGUAUUUAAUGAGAGAAAUGAUAUAUCUUUGAAGAAUUUAACGAGGGUAACGACAUAUGUUUUUUACAUUUUUAGUCUAAUUUUUUACUAUUUUUAAUAUUACGUCACCUACACCAGAUAUAACAUAAAGUUCACAAAAAAUA